GUUGCAGACAGAGAGACAAUAGACCCACUCUUCUCUCUCCUUCUCUCUCUUCCAUUUUUCUGAGUUGAGAGAGAGAAAGAAAGAAAGAAAGAAAGAAACUGAAGAAAGAGAAAAGACAGCUCUAACUUCCCAACGAGAUAAUAUAGCAGUGUGUGUCUCCUUUUUCAUUUUCAGUCCACUACGCUUCUUCUCCGUUUCAUUCACAUUUCUACCUUUUACCUUCGACCCAAAAAAAAGGGAACUUUUUUUUUUGAAUUUCAUACCUUACAGCAACUACUUCUACUUCACUUCAAAUCAUUCUCUCACAAUUCUACCUCUCUAAAUUUACUUUUAUUAUUAUUUUUAUUACUAUCUAUCUCUGAAUUCGCCUUUUGGGAAUUCAAUUAUUUGACUAGUCUUUUUGUUCAGCUUUUUUUCUUUUUUGGGUUUGAUCACCAUUCACCAACUUGUUCCGCUCCAAGUUGUGAAUUCGCCAUUUUUGGGUUCAGGUUGGCUCCGAUCGAAUUGGGUAUUUGCGGGAUCUGCGAAGGUGUCUGGUUGUUGCAAAAAGUUUUGAUCUUUGCUUUGCGGGGACGAACUCAAAACAUCGGUUUGGAUCUGAUCGGGGCAGAAACAGCGCCAUCAGAUGGCGCUGUUCAGAAGGUUCUUCUACCGGAAGCCGCCGGAUCGGCUUCUAGAGAUCUCCGAGAGAGUUUAUGUUUUUGACUAUUGCUUCUCUACGGAUGUCUUGGAAGAAGAUGAGUAUAGAGUUUAUAUGGGGGGGAUUGUGGCGCAGCUACAGGAUCACUUUCCAGAUGCUUCUUUCAUGGUGUUCAACUUCCGAGAAGGGGAUAGACGCAGCCAAAUCUCAGAUAUAUUUGCUCAGUAUGACAUGACGGUUAUGGAGUACCCUCGGCAAUACGAGGGUUGCCCCCUUCUGCCAUUGGAGAUGAUCCAUCACUUCCUUCGAUCAGGUGAAAGCUGGUUGUCUUUGGAGGGGCAACAAAAUGUGCUUUUGAUGCACUGUGAAAGAGGAGGUUGGCCCGUGCUGGCAUUUAUGUUAGCAGGUCUUUUAUUAUACCGUAAACAGUACACUGGGGAGCAGAAAACUCUUGAGAUGGUGUACAAGCAAGCUCCGAGAGAACUCCUACACCUUUUAUCUCCCUUGAACCCACAACCUUCACAGUUGAGAUAUCUUCAGUAUAUUUCAAGGAGACAUUUGGGUUCUGAGUGGCCCCCUUCUGAAACACCCUUGUAUUUGGAUUGUCUGAUUCUUAGGGUCCUUCCGUUAUUUGAUGAUGGAAAAGGUUGCAGGCCUGUGGUACGUGUGUAUGGUCAAGACCCUUCAAAUCCUGCUAAUAGAAGUUCGAAGCUUCUUUUUUCAACUUCGAAAUCCAAAAAGCAUGUUCGCCACUACCUGCAGGCAGAGUGUAUUUUUGUGAAAAUCGAUAUCCGUUGUCGUGUUCAAGGGGAUGUUGUUCUUGAGUGCAUACAUUUGAGUGAAGAUUUCACUCGUGAGGAGAUGAUGUUUAGAGUCAUGUUCCAUACUGCAUUUGUGCGGUCAAAUAUAUUGUUGCUGAGCCGUGAUGAAAUUGAUAUAUUGUGGGAUGCAAAAGAUCAAUUUUCUAGGGAUUUCAAAGCAGAGGUGCUUUUCUUGGAUGCUGAUGCUGUUCUACCUGAUCUAACCACAGUCGCAGCGAAUGAUGAUGCAAAUGAAACUGAAAGUGCCUCCACUGAAAGUGCUUCACCUGAGGAGUUUUAUGAAGUGGAAGAGAUUUUUAGCAAUGUAAUUGAUGGACAGGAAGGUAAAGGUGAGUAUGAUUCUCAUGCUAUUAAUGACAGUGCUGUCUUUGAUGGAAAUCAUAAAGAGGUUUGGAAGGGGGAGUUGGAUUCUCACGGCUUUCAGGAUUGUACGCCAGAUGAUGGGCUUCAAAAACGGCUCGAUGAGAUGGAUUCUGGUAUUAAUGAAGUGAAAGACAUCUCUGUUGAUGAUGUGAAAUACAAGCUUGAUGAGAGCAUGGAUUCAGAUCCUCAUGCAGUGAAGGACAUUGCUGUGGAUGAUGGAAAAAUUAAGUCAACCGCUGCAAUAUUUUCAGACAUGAAAACAAUGGAAAUCGAUGUGGAUGUGAACCAGGAAAUGGUAAUCCAAAACAAAUAUGAUGAAGAUAACAAAGCUAUAGAAAGGGACUUAGAAUCCAAGGCAGGGCAGCAGAUAGCUGAUAUUGCAAGACAAAAAUCAGGUAAACUUGUUCCAUUGGCUCCGAAGAAACAACCUCCAUCAAACUCAAAGCCAAUGGGAGAUUCAAUUACAACAAAGCAAAAGACUAAACAGCAAGAAACCCAAGGUUUUCAGUCAAAACAAGCUAAGCCUACUGCAGUAACUCAAUGGAUUCCUUCUAACAAGGGUUCUUACACAAACUCAAUGCAUGUAUAUUAUCCAUAUAGGAACAAUAGUGCACCUGCAGCACUUACAAAUUAUACAGCUCCAAAGGAUAAAAUGGAAGAUACCAAAGUGAAGUCUUCAUCUGCGUCUGCUGCUUCUACUGACACGAGAAUUGAACUGAAAAGUCGCAAGGUGGCCCCUACAAAAUCUUCAGGCAACACAGUAGUAGGAUUGGAUGCUAACCGCCCUCAAUCAUUACCAUCUGUUAAAGAAACAUCUUUUGAGUUAGUUACAGAAGCAGAUCAACAGAGCUCAGAGAAAGAGCUACGGCCUCCACCACCGCCUCCUCCUCCUCCUCCACCUCCACCACCUCCGCGAAGAAACUUUUCUUCACAUGUUUUUGAACCCUUAUCGUUUCAGGAUGAUGUAUCAAGUCAAGCAUCUCAAUCUCCACUGGUAUCCUCAACCUCUUUGGGUGGAAAUGUGUCUACUGCACAAGCCCCGCCACCUCCACCACCACCACCGCCGCCAUUUUCAAGAUCAAUUAGUAAACAAAAAGUAGGGAUAAAUUUACAACCUGCAACUUCUCCUCCUCCCGCUCCACCCCCAACUCCACCACCACCCCCAUUUUUUGGGCAAAACAAGGGGAGCUUACAACCUUCUGCAUCCUCUUGGAAGUCUCUGUAUUCCUCAAUUUCCACUGCUGCGGACUCUAGUAGUUCUGAGGUAUUUGAAGUAGUGGGUCUUGCACCUCCUCCUCCUCCACCAAUGCCUCCUUCAAGCUAUGAUGUUUUCCAUUCUCCACCGCCACCACCGCCACCUCCUUUUAGUAGAGCUCCACCGCCACCACCGCCACCUCCUUUUAGUAGAGCUCCACCGCCACCACCGCCACCUCCUUUUAGUAGAGCUCCACCUCCCCCACCGCCACCUCCUUCUAGUGGAGAUCCGACUCCCUCGCCACCACCACUUUUGACUAGAGCUCCAUCUCCUCCACCACUUCCUCCAUUACGUGGAGGCCCACCUGCACCUCCACCUCCUCCAAUGUCUAGAGCCCCAGCUCCUCCACCUCCCCCUAUUCGUGGAGCACCACCUCCUGCUCCUCCUCCUCCUAUGCGGGGAGCACCCCCUCCUCCACCACCACCUGGGGGUCGAGGUGCACCUGCUCCGCCACCUCUUGGUAGUCGAGGCCCUCCUCCUCCACCUCUUCCUGGUGCUUCCGGUGCUCCUCCUCCACCUAGACCUCCUGGUGGCGCACCACCACCUCCACCCUUGGGUUCAAAAGGUUCAAAUGUUGGAGCUGAUCCAAGAGGAAGAGGGCGUGGAUACGUGCGCCCUGCAGGAGCAGGUGCGGUUGCACCUCGACGGUCCUCCUUAAAGCCAUUGCACUGGAGUAAGGUUACAAGGGCAUUGCAAGGAAGUUUAUGGGAAGAAUUACAAAGAUUUGGAGAACCUCAAAUUGCACCAGAGUUUGAUGUUUCAGAGCUAGAGAAGCUUUUCUCUGCAAAUGUUCCAAAACCUUCUGAUUCAAGUGGUAAAUCUGGAGGGCGGCGCAAAUCUGUUGGAUCUAAAACUGACAAAGUCCACUUGAUUGACCUAAGGAGGGCUAACAAUACUGAAAUUAUGCUCACUAAGGUUAAGAUGCCACUUCCUGAUAUGAUGGCUGCUGUGCUGGCUAUGGAUGAAUCAGUAUUAGAUGUAGAUCAGGUGGAAAAUCUCAUUAAGUUUUGUCCUACCAAAGAAGAGAUGGAACUUUUGAAGGGAUACACUGGUGACAAAGAGAAUUUGGGAAAAUGCGAACAGUAUUUUUUAGAGCUGAUGAAGGUGCCACGAGUAGAGUCAAAGUUAAGAGUAUUCUCUUUCAAGAUUCAAUUUCUGUCUCAGGUUACAGAAUUUAAGAAGAGUUUAAACGCUGUGAACUCUGCUUGUGAAGAGGUCCGAAAGUCUGUCAAGCUGAAGGAGAUCAUGAAGAAAAUUCUUUUUUUGGGUAAUACACUAAAUCAAGGAACAGCUAGGGGAUCCGCAAUUGGAUUCAAGUUGGAUAGUCUUUUAAAGCUUACUGACACUCGUGCUUCUAACAAUAAGAUGACACUGAUGCACUAUCUUUGCAAGGUUCUAGCUGAUAGGUCGCCUGGACUGCUUGACUUCCACUUAGACCUUGUAAGCCUGGAAGCUGCGACUAAGAUACAAUUGAAGUCCUUAGCAGAAGAGAUGCAGGCAAUCAUCAAGGGACUAGAAAAGGUUAAACAGGAGCUUGCUGCAUCUGCAAAUGAUGGACCUGUGUCCGAAGUUUUCUGUAAGACAUUGAAAGAAUUCAUAUCUGUUGCUGAGUCAGAGGUAGCAUCUCUGACAAGCCUGUAUUCCGUGGUGGGUAGAAAUGCAGAUGCACUCGCACUAUAUUUUGGCGAGGAUCCUGCUCGUUGUCCAUUUGAACAAGUCACCACAACUCUCUUAAAUUUUAUAAGGUUAUUUCGGAAAGCGCACGAAGAGAAUUGCAAGCAGGCAGAGUUAGAGAAGAAAAGAGCCGAGAAAGAGGCCGAAAUGGAGAAGGCUAAGGGCGUUAACUUGACAAGGAAGAGUGCAAAAGAUAGUUGACGACUGUGUUUUCUGCAUUUUUCGCACCGACAUCGUGCUCUCGCCAAAGAGUAGGUAUCUUCCCAUGGUAUGAACGGGAACAAUGCUUCUGGACUUUAAGAAGCCUACCUUUCCAUGAUGAUGAUGUGAUAAUUAGCUUUUCGACCCAGUCCAUUCGAGGUGGAAUUGCAUAUUCCUGCUCCCUGUGGACCUCUUGAUUCAUUAAAUGCUAUGAUGCCAGAAUCUGCACACACAAGUUUAUGCAAAUGACACCAUGCUUCUGUUGCUUCAGAUGCCCUCCACGGCCAGCGAGUGCUACGAAACACAAUGUAUCCGGUCCCACGUCGAUUCAAGAAGAAAUUUUGUAUUUUUCAGUGGAACUAGCAUUGGCUUUGCACCAUUGAUUUAGCUGCUUCCUGACCUUCUUGGAUCUGUAAAGCACCAAAGUCAAUUAUAGUAUCAUGAAAUCUUGUACAAAGCUCUAACCCUUUUCAUUAGGAUCCAAUUCUUUGUCAUGUAACAUAGAAAAGAAGAUUAAAUUACUCUACCUUUUGAUAGAGAUUUUGGUAGUACCCUCAGGAAAAAAAUGUUGUAUAGCUGUCAGUUGAGUUAAAAAUAGAAAAUCAGGUGAUCAUUGUAUUGUAACUGUAAUAUAAGUGAAGAGUAGGCCGAAUUAGGAAUGCUAGUUCCCAUUUUUCAUGUGAAAAAAAAUACAAUACUCGGAUGUGUAACACGUUUUCCGGCUCAUGAAAUUUUAUCACGCUGGAUUAUUUCAUAUAUUUUUAUUAGAAUGAGAAAUUUACACUGA